AGCAUUUCAGGAGGAGAAAGAUCAAUAGCCGAGGAGGACGGGUCGGUAUCCGGACCGCCGGCGCGUCUCUAUCCCUCCGCAACUCGGAUUGCGUUGCAGCGCGCGCGCGCACCUCCUUUCACGCGGCCCCAGGCUUUCCCACACUUUUACGCAAAGAUGCCCAAAGGCUUCCUGGUGAAAAGGAACAAGAAAUCGGCGCACGUCUCCUACAGGGUUCGCUCCGACGACGACGAUCCAGACCAGAUACAAGGUCUGCAGAUCCACAGGGACGCGUCACCUCCCGUGUCCGAAGGGUCCAGCCCCGAGCGCGAGCGCCCGCGCGCGCACGCGUCGCCGGAUCGCGCGGCGGACACGCCGGGGUGCGGGGAGGAUGAGAAACCGGUGCAGUUCGGAAACCCGGAGACGGUGUACCAGGGGCUGUACAGCCCGACGCGACCCGUGAGCAGAGAGCACGAGAGGAGGUCCUUCGAGAGGAGUGUCAACCUGGGCUCCCCCGUGUCCGCCGAGUCCUUCCCAACUCCGGCCGCCCUCACCUCCCUGGACCAGCUGCUGUUCGCACCCGUGGACCUGAAGAUCGGAACCAGCAACAGCAACCGAGGAGGGGGUGGAGGAGGAGGAGGAGGUGGUGGUGGUGGCGGGGGAGCGAACGGGGUCCCGUCCGCAGCCGUGCGUAACGGCGCAAAGAGACCCGCGUCCGACGGGGAGCGCAAGGGCAGGUGUGCGGGAAAGAGGGCCAAGGCCACGAGGAAGCUGACUUUCGAGGACGAGGUCACCACGUCCCCGGUGCUCGGGCUCCGGAUCAAAGAGGCUCCGGUGGACAUGAGACCCAGACCCCAUUCCGGCGGGGGAGGCAAGCCGCUGGGCGAGUUCAUCUGCCAGCUGUGCAAGGAGGAGUACCCGGACCCGUUCUCCCUCGCGCAGCACAGGUGCUCGAGGAUCGUGCGGGUCGAGUACAGGUGUCCCGAGUGCGACAAGGUGUUCAGCUGCCCCGCCAACCUGGCCUCCCACCGGCGCUGGCACAAGCCGAGACCCCCUAACGCGGGCGUGACUGCGAGCGCACCGGUCGCCCGACCCGACGUUGCCAAGGCGCCCCUCGGGCUGAAGGCCACGUGCGAUGAGCUCAAAGACGCGAGCGACAGAGACAGCCCAAGUCCCGGUCCCUCGGAGUCCGGGUCCGAGGACGGUCUCUACGACUGCCAGCGCUGCGGCAAGCGGUUCAAGCGCCAGGCGUACCUGAGGAAGCACCUGGCGAGCCACCUGGGCGAGGCGCGCGAGGGCCACGCGCUCCAGCGCGCGGAGGAGGGACAGAAGCCGAGCCACGCCGCCACCCCCCCGGACCAAAACCAAAGCCAGGGUCCCCUGAACCUGAGCCCCGCGGAGUGCCUCGUGUGCCCGGUGUGCGGGGAGAGCUCCCCCAGCAGGGCGGGGCAGGAGAGACACCUGCGGCUCCUGCACCCCGCACAGGUGUUCCCGUGCAAGUACUGCCCCGCCACGCUGCACAGCUCGCUGGGCCUCACGAGGCACAUCAACAAGUGUCACCCCACGGAGAACAGGCAGGUGAUCCUGCUGCAGGUGCCCGUGCGUCCCGCGUGCUGAGCCGCUGGGGAAGACCGUGCCUUCUGGAGCGCGCGUGCGUGCGUGCGUGCAUAGGUGCAUGGGUGCGUGCGCGUAUGAUGCGAGUGUGUGUGUGUCGCGGGGGGUCGGGGUCUCCUUCACACGGAACUACAACUCGAGUGACAUGUUUCCACUGCCGCCCCCUCCACUUUAGCUCAUCACAAAACGAAAACCCUUUAGUUUGACUCUUAAAGAUAUUUUUGUAGAAACUGCUGCCGCGCGCGCCGACCUCCUAGCUCCUAGACCUAAGAGGAACCUGCUGUUGUACCAUUAGGUGUCCUUCCUGUCGUCUGAAUGCCUUCUUUCGAUUCACAUGCUGUAAAUCUCCCUCUGACUUUAGCUUUAUUAUAGCUUGUGAAUGAGAUUCCCUCAGAGUGUGACCAUUGAACCGUCAAUGCCUUUAGAGUCCUUGGAAAAAAAAGAGCAUAAAUUAUUAGAGUUAUCGUGAUGUUAUUGCCUUAAAAUGUCCACGCCACUAAGGAUUGUCUCACUUUCAGUGAAGUCGGCACAUAUUUUAUCAUCUAUAUUAUUAUUAUUGCUGUUUGGUAUAUGUUUCAUUAUAUUUUGUAUUUAUUUAUUUAUGAAAGCUAUCAUUUUACGUAAAUGACUGUGCGAUUUAUUCUCUCUUCUUGUGGAUGGUUUACAGAUUUAUUGUCCAACGUGCAGCUCUUUUCUACACACUCCUCAUCUUUCUCAAGUGUCCA